CUGCAAAGACAACGCCAUCACACUCAUCAGCUACAGCGAGGGAGUGGGGUAGCACGAAGAAAGCGCUGGAUUUCUGCAAGCUAUUUGGCCAUUAUUUUCACAAAAACUAUAAGCGUCUGUCUCAUCUACAACUACAAUGGAAUACAUUCGUCCGGUUAAUUAAACGCCUUCGAAUCGGGCCUCUGUUUUUUGUUUUUUUUGCGCUGCACAAAGCCAUAUGGAGUAAAUAAAUAUCCUGAUACGCUGAAACCAGAGAAUAUAGAUGAUGGGCUGUGUGCAAUGCAAGGAUAAAGAAGCAACCAAACUCACGGACGACCGAGACACCAGCAUCUCCCAGAGUGCCGCGGGCUACCGCUAUGGAGCCGACCCCACGCCACAGCACCAGCACUACCCCAGCUUCGGGGUCACCGCCAUCCCAAACUUCAACAACUUCCAGGCACCCGUUGGCCAGGGGAUAACGGUUUUUGGAGGGGUCCACACCUCCUCCCACACAGGGACACUCCGCACCCGUGGCGGAACAGGAGUCACCCUCUUUGUGGCACUUUACGACUACGAGGCCCGGACAGAGGACGACCUCAGCUUCAGGAAAGGGGAGAAGUUUCAGAUUAUCAACAGCACUGAAGGGGACUGGUGGGAUGCUCGUUCCCUCACCACCGGUGGAAAUGGCUACAUUCCCAGUAAUUACGUGGCUCCAGUGGACUCCAUCCAGGCUGAGGACUGGUACUUUGGGAAACUGGGCCGGAAGGAUGCAGAGAGGCAACUUCUGUUCACUGGCAAUCCCCGUGGCACGUAUCUCAUCAGGGAGAGUGAAACCACUAAAGGUGCCUUCUCCCUGUCCAUACGAGACUGGGACGACGUGAAGGGGGACCAUGUCAAGCAUUAUAAGAUCCGUAAGCUGGACAGCGGCGGUUACUACAUCACCACCAGGGCUCAGUUUGAGACCCUACAGCAGCUGGUACAGCACUACUCAGAGAGUGCGGAUGGUUUGUGCUUUAAUUUAACGGGUGUGUGUGUGAACUGCACCCCUGAUACUAUGGGCCUGACUCACGAUUCCUGGGAAAUCGCCAGAGACUCACUUGAGUUCGAAGUAAAGCUGGGGGCGGGAUGUUUUGCUGAGGUGUGGUGUGGAACGUGGAACGGCACCACUAAGGUGGCGGUGAAGACUCUGAAGCCGGGCACCAUGUCUCCUGAGUCCUUCCUGGAAGAAGCCCAGAUCAUGAAGAAGCUCCGGCAUGACAAGCUGGUGCAGCUCUACGCUGUGGUGUCUGAGGAACCCAUCUACAUCGUCACUGAGUACAUGGGCAAAGGAAGCCUCCUGGAUUUCCUGAAGGAUGGGGAGGGACGAGGACUGAAACUGCCCAAUCUGGUUGACAUGGCAGCCCAGGUGGCAGCAGGCAUGGCGUACAUCGAGAGGAUGAACUACAUCCACAGAGACCUGCGCUCGGCUAACAUCCUGGUCGGGGACAACCUGGUGUGUAAGAUCGCCGACUUUGGACUGGCCAGGCUGAUUGAGGACAACGAGUACACAGCACGGCAAGGUGCUAAGUUCCCGAUUAAGUGGACAGCCCCGGAGGCUGCGCUGUAUGGAAAGUUCACCAUCAAGUCAGACGUGUGGUCGUUUGGCAUCCUGCUCACCGAGCUGGUCACCAAGGGACGUGUACCCUACCCAGGGAUGAACAACCGGGAGGUGCUGGAGCAGGUGGAGCGAGGCUACAGGAUGCCCUGUCCUCAGGACUGCCCCAUCUCCCUCCACGAGCUCAUGGUACAGUGCUGGAAGAAGGACGCCGAGGAAAGGCCCACCUUCGAGUACCUGCAGGCCUUCCUGGAGGACUACUUCACGGCCACGGAGCCGCAGUACCAGCCAGGGGACAACCUCUAAACGCUGGGCUCUGGGCUGGGGACUGGACUGAACCGUGGCUCUCUGGAGCCACACCAGGGACCCGUGCAUCUUCCUCAGCUCAACAGAGCAUCUUGUCUCAACUCUCCUCCAGCUCCCAACACUCUCAAACACUCUCUGUGGCAAACCCCGAGACAGACUCAACCGACUGGAUACCAGAGAUACCAGUUAGGAGAGAGGGAGGGAGGUUUGUGGGUGGUUGGGCUAGUUAUGAUGUAAUGAAAUGCCUGUAUUCAAUGUAAAUAGGAACAGCUCCUCUGCCUAACUUUUGGUUUAUGUUUUGGUGGUUUGUUUGCUUCUGUUAUGGCAUUUUGACUGAUUUUCUCCAUGAUGAUGAUGAUGAUGAUGAUGAUGAUGAUGGUGGUGAUAAAGAAAAUGGUCAAUGAAGAUGAUCAUUUCAAAAGGGCACCAUGAGACCAUGAUAUCUUGUCACUUCUAAUCCAGAAUAUACAGGACAUGUCUGUCAAAGCUAAUAUUUUUUUAAUUAUUUUUUGGGGGACAAUUUAAUGAACACCUCCAUAAAUUAUUUAUUUCAUUUUUGCGGUUUUGCUCAUGUAUAAAAAUAAAUAAGAAAACCAGUCCUGAGUGUAUUGCCUCAGUGUAUAAAUAAUGUUUGGGGCAAAGUCAUCUGUUUUACAGGGACUUGAGGCAAGCAUGACAAAAUACUCUGUAGAGAUUUCUUUUGCACCUCAUGGAUUUAGUUUGAUAUGAUUUUGCUUUUAUUUUUUUCAUCCUUGUAAAAUAGUUUUGUUCUCCUCAAAGUAAUAGAUGUUAGGCUAAUGCCGUAACAAAGUUAUUUUACAAAUAAUGUAUGUUACAUUUUGCAAUUACAGCCAAAUGUGUGCGCAUUAUACUUUUGAACAUAUCUCUUCUCGCUUACCAGGUUUUAAGAAAAAUAAAUAACGGGGGAAAAGAUUGGUCUUUCCAGGUAUUAUUUAGUGUAUACUGGAAGGACAUGAUGUUUAUUUAAGAAGAGAAGGAUGCUAAUCUCUGCUUUUAAUGGUCUUAUUUGAACCUGUAUACGAGUUCAAUUUUAGCAGCCAUUCCAAGGCAUCCAUCUGAUGGUCCUUGUUUCCUCCGUGCCGUGAAGCCAUGUACUGGGAAGUCUUAGUGGGUAACAUCUCUUCCUCUCUCUGUGAACAGUGACAUGCCCCCAUCCACCUGCUUCUCAAACUCAUGUUCCACACUGUCGGUCUGUCUGUCUGCCUGUCUGCCUGCCUGUCUGCCUGUCUAUGCAGCACAGCACCACCAGUAGGAUCCUUCCUCAGCUCAUUUCUGGACCACUUCCUUUGGAUGACUUUAUCUUUUUAUGUUUAAACUGACGUGGAUAUCUGAAGUCUUGCGUCUCCUGUUUCAGAGUAUGUUUUAUUCAACCUUCAUGGAGAGAUCUCUGAGGAAUGGUGUGUAAUUGUAUCUUCAGGGGGAACGUUGCAAAGACACUGGCGAAGCGGCCGGCUGUAGAGUUUGACCUUGUUUAAUCUAAAUGUAGUAUUUGUUCUCAUCUUACGAUAGUUUAAGUGCUAAUAAGGAUCUGUUUAAGAUUGAGCCCCCUCGUCGGUUUUACAGCUUAACAGUUUUAAAAGUGUCAGUAGCCUUCCUAGUGUUAAUUCUUCUAUUUUUCCAUUUGUUAACAUUUUCUGUUUUGUUAAUUCAGUGGUUUGGCAUUUGAAAUUCAAGAAGAAACAAUAAACAUUUUACACUCUUUCCA